AUGGGUAAACAAGGACCUUGCUAUCACUGUGGAGUUUCAAGCACACCACUUUGGCGUAAUGGGCCACCUGAGAAGCCAAUUUUGUGCAAUGCAUGUGGUUCUCGAUGGAGGACAAAGGGAACACUUGCAAAUUAUACUCCUCUACAUGCUCGAACAGAACCUAAUGAUUAUGAAGAUCAAAGAGUUUCGAGGUUAAAGAUUGUAUCAGUGAAUAAGAACAAAGAAGUGAAAUUGGUUAAACGAGAGCAGAACCAUGGUAAUGCUUAUGCUGCAUCUGGAUGGCUCACCCCUGAAUAUAAUCAAGGAUUUCAAAAGGCUGUGGAUGAGGAUACAAGUAAUAGAUCAAGUUCAGGGUCAGCUAUCUCUAAUUCUGAAAGCUGUGUUCAAUUUGGUGGCAUCGAUGCUAGUGAUUUGACAGGUGCUUCUCAAUCAGUGGUAUGGGAUACCGCGGUGCCUUCCAAAAAGAGAACAUGUGCUGGUCGUCUGAAGCAUUCUUCUGUUGAGAAGCUCACAAAGGAAUUGUGUAAUAUUCUUCACGAACAGCAACAACAGUCUUGUUUUUCUGCUUCUUCUGAAGAGGAACUUCUUUAUGAAAAUGAAGCGCCGAUGGUCUCUGUUGAGAUAGGACAUGGAAGCAUGCUCAUUAGGCAUCCUAGCUCUAUAGCUCGAGAUGAAGAGUCAGAGGCUAGCUCUCUUUCAGUUGAUAAUAAACAAUGCUUAAUGAAUGAGGCAUAUUCGUGCUAUGGUCCAAUUCCCAUGCUUAGUGAUUACACUAGCAAGAAUUUCUCUUCUCGGGGAGGUGCAAAGGUCGGAAACUCUGUUGACCAAAGAAUGCCGCAAGAGAAACUUGAGAGGAAUAAGUCUCAGCUUGAAAAACUAGAAGUUCUUGGAAAUCAUGAUUCAUCACUGUGCUCAAUAGAUUUAAAAGAUGCAGUGAACUAUGAGGAGUUUUCAAGAAACUUGACAGAUGAAGAGCAGCAGCAAUUACUGAAGUAUUUCCCUGUGGUUGAUACUGCAAAACUUCCUGAUAGGGAAGGUGUGUUCGAUAACUCUUUGUUGGGCGUGAACCCUGAAGACUGUAAGACGCUGAAAAGGCUUGCAUUGUCUAAUCUGUCAAAGUCAAAAUGGGUAGAACACUAUAAUCAUCUCAAGAGUGGUGGAAACAAAGCUGGAAAAUGUGAUGAUGUGGAAUCUCCUGCUGUGGCAUCAAGUAAUGUUGCAAAUGUUAAGAGAUUGCGUGUCGGCCAAAACCAAAAUUUUCCAGUUUCAGAAUUGAAGACAACAAUGAAGAGUCCCAAAAGGGUCAUCAUAAAAGCUAGCAGUGGCGGCAAAGAAAUUGUAGACGGCUCCAGCAUCAGUGGUGGCAAAGAAAUUGUAGAUGGCUCUAACAUCUUUGUCGACGAGAGUUCUGAUCAUGAUCUGCUGCUAGAUUUUCCAUCCAACAAUUCUUUUCCACAGGCAGAGCUCUUACUCACAACUUCUAGCUUGGUUGCUCAAGGAAGCACCAGUAGUAGCUCGGUACACUCCCGUGUUACUCGUCCUUGA